CUUCUCCAUGAUGACUUGGUGUCUAGGCGACAUGAAUUAGCCCGUCUCCAGGCCCAGGCUGAUGUGCUGUAUCAUCGAACAAUGGAUCCGGGUGUGUUGCAGAGGGCCGCACAACUGGCUAACCGGCAUGAAGCUCUGAUUGGAACUUGUCGAGUGAGUAGUCUUAAAGCCUACUUUUGA